CCUGAAGAAGGGGAAGACAAAAGACAGAUUUCUCAUACAGGGUAGAAUGGGGGAGGAGGGCAGGAGAGGAGCAAUCCCUGUCAUAGACAUGAAAGAGAUUCCAUUCCAGCACAUGAAGCUUAGGGAAGCUUGUGAAGAGUGGGGCUGUUUCAGGGUUGUGAAUCACGGAGUACCACUGGUGUUGAUGUCUGAAAUGAAGAGCGUGUCGAGGUCCAUCCUCGAUCUUCCGCUUGAAGUGAAGAAGCGGUAUGAAUGCGUGAGACCGAGGAUAGGACACAUAGUGGGAAAAGAGAACGCUAUCUAUGAGUCCCUGGGACUAUACGACUUGAGCUCCCCAGAGUCCCUGAAACUGUUCUGCUCACAGCUGGAUGUUUCUUCUCACCAAAGAGAGACAUUGAGGGCAUAUACCGAAGCAGUUACUGGACUGGCUAUGGAAAUAGGAGAUAGGGUGGCCCGGAGCAUGGGGUUGGAGGGAAGGGAUUUCUUCAAGGAAUGGGCCUGCCAGUUCAGGAUGAACAAGUACAGCUUCACCCAUGAGACUGUGGGCUCCGGCGGGCUAUUGGCUCACACUGAUCCCGGGCUCCUAACUGUACUUCAGGAUGAUGAAGUUGUUGGUGGACUCGAAAUUGCCGACAGCUCCAACUCCUUCAUACAUGUCGAUUCUUGCCCUGGCACCUUUUUAGUCAACCUUGGGGACACGGCCGUGGCAUGGAGCAACGGGAGGCUGCGGAGCGUGAAGCAUCGGGUGCAGUGCAAGGAACCCACAGUUCGUAUAUCAAUUGGAGGGUUCGUCGUGCCACCAAAGGAAUUGGCUAUUAAAGCCCCAGCAGAAUUGGUUGAUUGUCACCCCCCGCGUCUCUACAUCCCGUUCACUUAUGAUGAGUACAAGCAGAUCCGGAGUUCUAACAAGAUGCCAAACGAUGAAGCACUUUCCUUCUUACUUGCCCAAUCCUGA